UCGUAAAUCUGACGGAGUUAGCCGGUGCAGCGAUCGUGAAAAUCCUUUUGAAGGAAAAUCCGUCUGACGUCGUCGGCGGGAGACGAAAGGGUCUCUUCUCUCGAGCGAGCGAGCAUCGCGUCGAUGCGAUAGCGGAUCGAUGACCGGCGAUCGUUACAUGUAAAGAGGGAGCGAAAGGGGCACACGCCUCCACCCCCGCGUGUCUUCGACGCGGCGCGGUGCGGUGCGGCACGGUGUGCCGCCCUCGACAUUUCGACGGCUUCCCUCGGCGCGACCGUGCGUCACCCCUCUUUCACCCUCGCGUGUAAAACGCGUGCAAUGCAGUCGCGCAGAUGCACGCGAGUCCUUUCGGACACGCUCGCGCAGAGCGUAUCGACACUUUCCGGUGAUCUUAAUUGACCACUCGGCUCGGCCCGGCGUCGAUUGCGCGGCGAACGUUUACCAAGGAAUUUACCCCGGAUCUUUGCACCCCUUCUCCGAGCCGAGCUGGAGGUGGCUAUCGUUUCGCGGGAAACCGAUCCUUUCUCUCUCUCACUGAUUACCAAAAUAACAAGAAAUACGAAAUUGAUAGAUGAUAAAAAUUACCGUAGAACAGAAGAAUAUUCUAUAUACGAUUUUGUCAAUUAUUCGUGAGAUUUGAGACCAAAGUUUCGGUUUAAUUAAUUAAUUAUCGAUCGUUAAUUGCACACCGAGACACGAUAAUGGGGAACAGGGUGCGAUUACAUUGGAGAGCGAGGCAUAUAUUGGCCUCGGCGAUCAUCGAUCCGUCUAAUAUGCAAUUACUAUUUGCUUUCAGCGAAUCGGUUCAUCUACAGCAUUCACGGGUUAUUCGUCAUUAAUUAAGACUGUUACAAUGGUGGAACAUGCGCGUGGCCUCGAGUCCCCGCGGCGGCUACAAAAUUGAUCUAAUGUCUCUUGAUUCGGUCCGGCGCCCGAACCGCGCCGGUGCAUCGAAUCGCAUAAACGGCAUAAUCAAAACAGUAAUCAAUUAUAAAUGCUCACCGCGCGAUCGUCAGAAGAUAUUAGCAUAAAUUCCUGUCUGCCGAACGGAGAAGAAUUGCAAGACUUCAGCCGGCGUCAUUUCAGCCGACCCGAAUUUGCGUUCGUUUUUGGAAGGGGAAAAAUUGUUCGUAUCCGUUUUUUUCACUGGGAUUCGUUUUGCCCCGCGGCGACAAGAGCGAUCGAUACGAGUCCGAAGCGAUUUUAGCAUCCGGAUAUUUACGCGAUAGACAGCGGGCGGUUCAUCUGAUUUCCUCCGGAGUAUGCGUGCGACCUAUUACGCUUUUUUUCGUCCUGAAUUCCGUGAUUAGCCGACGAGAGUGGAAGAGACCGAGCCGAACCACUGGGCCGGGGCGACGGGGGGAAGAGUGGGUGAGCUAAAAUGCGAUUAUAGCUCGUCGAUUUGUGGGUGGGACGGCGAUACCGAGUUUUGCGGGCCGAGGUACAGGGCACAGGGUGGCAAGCGGAGAAAUAUUCUCGGUAGAAAUAAGAAUAAAAUACGAAAAAGAGGCAUGUCGUGCGACGAGAUUUGUGCGUGCGACAAACGCGGAAUAGAUUACUAUGGGGUGCUGUCGUUGAAAAGGGACUGCGACGAUUUGGAGAUCAAAGCCGCGUUCCGGCGCCUGGCGGUACGGUACAAUCCAAAACGGGCGAAGGACGAAUGUUUGAACACGGUAUUCAGUUUGGUAGCUGAAGCGUACGAUGUGCUAUCGGAUCCUUUUAAAAGAACCAUAUACGAUCAAUUCGGCGAGGAAGGCCUUAAAAAUGGUGUUCCCGGUGGCGAAGGAUUCAUCCAGCCGUACAUUUAUCACGGUGAACCGAUGCGUACCUACAGGGAGUUCUUCGGUACCGAAAGUCCUUAUGCUGAUCUCCUCUACGUACUAACGCAAUCUCCGUCUCUGCUCGAAUUUCCCGAGGGGCGCGGUGCAAAGCGCAAGGAGGAGCCUCUGAUAAAAACCUUAUACCUAACUCUACUGGAGGUAUCAUCGUAUCGACGUUCCACUUUAUUUAUAGUCUUUCUUUUUCCUUCGCUGUUAAUCACCGUGUAUCUCGGAGGAAUCAAGAAGAUGAAGAUACAGAGAUUAGUACUGGUAGGGGACGACAAAUCGAAGGCGGUGACGAAGGAGAAAAUAUUGACGAUACCUAUUAAACCGGGCAUUCCAACGGGGACGAGGAUCGUGUUUCCCGAGGAAGGUGAUCAAGGACCCACGAAAAUUCCGGCGGAUGUAAUCUUCAUCACGGAGGAUCGGCCUCACGAGACCUUCCGAAGAGAGGGCUCUGACUUGCACAUGACGGUCGAUAUCUUUCUGCGAGAGGCACUGACCGGAACAGUGGUCACCGUCAACACCCUCGACGACAGAACCCUUCGAAUACCGUUAACGUCUGUCAUCACGCCUGACUACCGGAAGCAUAUACCUGGCCAAGGAUUACCGUUGCCGGAGAAUCCGAAGGAAAAAGGUUGCCUGAUCAUAUCGUUCGAUAUCGAGUAUCCGGUGUACAUGCCAGUGUCGAAUAAAAAUUAUAUCAAACGAGCAUUCGAUACGUCGGAGGAUAUCAAAGAUACAGAAUACGUACAUCGUGUUAUAUUAGCGAAUAAAAUGCGUCGGAACGUGGAUUUUGGUGUCCCCGUACGUCGAGACCCGAACGAUCACGAAGCGGAGGAGUUAGACUUUAUGUGUAACAUCUAAACCCUCGACGAUCUUCCUUUCUUUAAUUAUUAAAUUCAUCGAUGUUUGUAACGUUACUUGAAUUUAAUUCGUAACAAAGCAACGAUCCUCGUGCGACAAAAAAAUCGUCUGUUUAUAAUUAAAGUUUCUCACAGAGUCGAUAUACGUUUGUCUCUGUCAUUCCGUUCAAAUUGAAUUAAUUGGAACGAUUCGCGCUUUCGCCGCGCUCUCAGAGUUAAAACCACCGACAUCUCGCGCUGCGACCGGCGAACUUUUCCCGAAGGUAAAACGGAGAACGGUGGAACACGGUCAAUAAUCGAUCCCGGAUCGCGCGACUCCCGUUCCUUUUUACAGCGAUUCUAAUCAUUUUUUUGGAAUUCCGAUCGAC